AUGUACGAAGGGAUUGACAACCUGAAAUCCCUUUACGACCGUGCCGGGAAGACUUUCUCCGGCGGUCCUUCUGCGGCACAGGAUGUGUCGCGUCGUACUGCUCGACCAGACCCAGUACGUCAACCAUCAAUUGGGAGCGGGGCUCCCAAGAAUCCCAGGACGGGGGAUAGCCGCGCCACCGGACGAGGUAACUCGUCCGACGUCCGUUCACGUCGCGGUGGUUCAACAGCUGCUCUACUAGAUAGCGCUGGCCACCGCGAGAGUCCUCUAAUGGAGGUGGAGGAGGAGGAAAGACGCUCUCCACACGAUCAUGUGGAUCGGUGUGUUCCCGAGAGCUUCUUUGAUCGCGUAACGCAAGGGUUACGCGACGAUCUCGAGCAUGAGCGGAAUAGGCGUCUCCAGAUGGUGGACACUGCCUCGAAGCAUCGAGCUGAGUUUGCCUUUGCUCAGCUUGAGAACGAGAGAUCUCUGACAUCUCUUCGUGACGAGCUAAGGGUAGCUCGUGGGAUUGUUGAUCGGUCUCAGGCUGAGAUAACUGCUCUUCAGACCCUUGUUGAUGCCCACCAUCAGGAGCACAAGGCUCUCUGCGAGAUGCUUGAGCGCAAGGGCGUUCUUCAUCGGAAGAAGCAGCGUACUGAUGGUACGGCUUAA